GCAGCUCUGGUUUUUCGGGGGGGUAGAGGAAGAUGAGCCCUUUCUCUUCGACUGAGGGGGGGUUUGCUGCUGUUGCUGUGUGGGGGAGUGGGCUACAUCCUGUGGCGUUUCCUGUGUUUGUAAACUAGACGCUACAGAAGACGUCGGCGAGCAAAGCUGUUUUAGUACUAGAUGAGUGAGGUGGGUGUGGCUUCCCACCAGCCCGACCAUCCUGACUGACGGAUCUGUGGAUGACCUUGUCCCCACCCCUGUCCCUGCGCUCACAUAUACCACAGCAAUGUCACAUCUGCCCAGCAGCUCAGUCCGCGACCAUAUGAAAUGGGCGGGGCUACUUGGCUGCGAAGCUGUCCUCUCCAGCAUGGCCCUGAUGCAGGCCAGCACUAUGGCUGCUCCACCUAAAAAAAUGAUGGCUCCCCUUGGUCACGCACCACCUCAGAGAGAAGGACCUGACCGUACUCCCCAGAGCCAUAUGAUCCUCCCUUCUGGAAUGAGCUGUCCUCCCCUGCUUAUCCGGAAGGAAGGUGAUUUCCAAGCACCCCGCCUGUUGGAUGAGAAGGACAUGAGGACCAACGAAGACAUGCAGCAGAAAAAAAAGAACAGGAAAUCAGUAACGCCCUGUAAAGUGAGAGAACAAGAGGGAAGGGGGGGGAAGGGCACAGGUGGAGAUGAAAACGGUCCUGCGUCCAAAGUACAAAAAAAUUUUAUUUGUGAUCACUGUUACGGAGCUUUUAGAAGUGGAUAUCACCUUAAGAGACAUAUCCUCAUUCAUACAGGGGAGAAGCCGUAUGCUUGUGCCGUAUGUGACAUGAGGUUUAUUCAGCGUUACCACCUGGAGAGACACAGCCUCAUUCACACGGGGGUGAAGCCGUUUGCUUGCUCCAUGUGUGACAUGAGGUUUUUCCAGCGUUACCACCUGGAGAGACACAGGCUCACUCAUACGGGGGUGAAGCCGUACGCUUGCUCCAUGUGCGACAUGAGGUUCUUCCAACGUUACCAUCUGGCGAGACACACCCUCACUCAUACCGGGGUGAAGCCAUACGCUUGCUCCGUGUGUGAUAUGAGAUUUUUCCAACGCCACCACUUGGCACGACACAGCCUCACUCACACGGGGGUGAAGCCAUAUGCUUGCUCCAUGUGUGACAUGAGAUUUUUCCAGAGAUACCACCUGGCAAGACACACUCUCACUCACACGGGGGUGAAGCCAUACGCUUGCUCCAUGUGUGACAUGAGGUUCUUCCAGCGUUACCAUUUGGCAAGACACACCCUCACUCAUACUGGGGUGAAGCCAUAUGCUUGUACCAUGUGUGACAUGAGAUUCAUUCAGCGUUACCAGCUGGAGAGACACAGCCUCACUCAUACAGGGGUGAAGCCGUACGCUUGCACCAUGUGUGACAAGAGGUUUUUUCAGCGCUACCACCUGGCGAGACACAGCCUCACUCAUAUGGGUGUGAAACCUUAUGCUUGCACCAUGUGUGACAUGAAGUUUUUUCAACGUUACCACCUGGCGAGACACAGCCUCACUCAUACGGGUGUGAAACCUUAUGCUUGCACCAUGUGUGACAAGAGGUUUUUUCAACGCUACCACCUGGCGAGACACAGCCUCACUCAUAUGGGUGUGAAACCUUUUGCUUGUACCAUGUGUGACAUGAGGUUCUUCCAGCGUUACCACCUGGCAAGACACAGCCUCACUCAUACUGGUGUGAAACCUUAUGCUUGCACCAUGUGUGACAAGAGGUUUUUUCAACGCUACCACCUGGCGAGACACAGCCUCACUCAUAUGGGUGUGAAACCUUUUGCUUGUACCAUUUGUGACAUGAGGUUUGUUCAGCGUUACCACCUGGCGAGACACAGCCUCACUCAUACGGGGGUGAAGCCGUUUGCUUGUUCCAUGUGUGACAUGAGGUUUAUUCAGCGUAACCACCUGGAGAGACACAGCCUCACUCAUACGGGAGAGAAGCCAUUUGCAUGUGACAUGUGUGAUAUGAGGUUUAUUCAGCGCUACCACCUUGAGCGACACAAGCGUGUUCACAGCGGGGAGAAGCCUUAUCAGUGCGAAAGGUGCCAGCAGAAUUUUUCACGCACAGACCGGCUGCUGCGACAUCGGCGGUUGUGCCAGGGUCGCAGCGUAGCCAAAGUAGAGAACCAGCCGUGCUGCGAACCGCGUCCAUAUCCACAGGAACCGCCCCCUGCACCCCCCACCUGGAGCCCCCUGCACCCACCUCCAGGACGGCUGGCGGUCUGACAUUACGCCUUCCCGGGAUCCAGAACUCCAGCAGAGAUGGGACAAGCCGCAGGGUUUCCUCCCUUCGCCUCUGUGCAGAGUGGCACCACAUUCUAGCGCAGACUGCUCCUUCAGCUCCAGUCCUGGGAUUACUAUUGACAGUGGGGCCGUUGUUUUUUUUCCUGAUUUAUUUUUUUACUUACCUUUCACUGUCUUUUUUUUUUUUAUUUUCCCCCACCCCGAUUCUUAUUUUCAAUGACACUUUUUUUCUGUGACGAACAGUGGUCCAUGGUCCUGGUUUUUGUACAUUUUUGUUCCCAAGGGAAAAAAGGAGGUUUCUAUUACCGAAAAG